AUAGAUUUUACUAUGAUAUCCACAAGCACGCGGAGCAUCAAUGUGUCCGUCCCCUGGCGACCCGUGCGAUAGCGUUUAGAGCGGUGUGUGGAGAAGAGCGUGGAGACGGGCAGCGUUGGCCGAAUUUGUCCUUUCUGUCAAUUACAUUGUAAAAGCGUACAAAAUGCCAUCGAAUCAGAAUCUACAAGGUGGGAAAGCGUUUGGAUUUCUAAAAGCACAACAAAGGGAUAGACUGGAAGAAAUCAACAAGGAGUACCUGGAGGACCAGAAGUACAGCGAUGAGGAGGACCUGGCCGAGAAGCUGGACUCCUUUAAAAACAAAUACUCUGAAUUUGAUCUGAAUGACCAGGGAGAUAUUGACAUGAUGGGGCUGAAGAGGAUGAUGGAGAAGCUUGGAGUGCCGAAGACUCACCUGGAGAUGAAGAAGAUGAUCUCAGAGGUGACUGGGGGCAGCAGCGACACCAUCAACUACAGGGACUUCGUCAAGAUGAUGCUGGGGAAGCGCUCGGCUGUUCUAAAGCUGGUGAUGAUCUUCGAGGACAAGGCCAACGGGGCCGGCUGUAAACCCGACGGCCCCCCGCCCAAGAGGGACAUCGCCAGCCUGCCGUAGGGGGGUCCGGGGACCCGGGCAUGGCCCCAAAGCCCACCGCUCCGGCCGGAGCCUGGCUUUCAGGAGUGUAAAUAGCCUUAUUGUGAGUCAGGCUUUCGGGCCUGCUGUGGACAAGGUCGUGUCUCCGUUCAAGGGUGUGGCAAAGCAUAUAUAUUGACUGUGAAGAAGUAAUGCAAAGUAGCUUUUAUAUGACAAGACGAUAAAUGUAUAUAUUUGUAUUAAGGACGAUAAGAUUAAUAUUUUUUGAUGACCGUUCUCCAGCUCUCGCAGUACACCCCUGAUGUUUUUAUGAAAAAGUUGCACAGUGGCAUUGUUUGAUCACCACCGUGUAAUUCUCAACACUUGUGUAAAUGUAAUCCACCAUUCUGCUUCCUCUGACAUACAUAUCACUGGCACGUUAUGGAGCAGCUUAAAGGAGCGGUGGGCUUCGCCCGACCUCGGCCUGCGGGACCCACUCAACGGCCGUGCAGGAUUUCCACCGCUGGAUUAAAAUCCACCGCAGCUUAACUCGCGCUUGGCCAUGGCUGCCCGCUCGCCGUAAUGCAGAAAGUGUAUUGGCGGAUAUAAGUUGAAAUGGUCUUUAUAUCAUCUCGCAGUAACGCUCUGUAGGCUUGGCGGACUUGAAAAGCGAAACGUAGAAAUAGUUCUAACUGACUCGCAAGAAAGCACAGUGUAAACGCGCCACACUGCAGUCUCGGUCCCAGUUUUGGGCCAGGAUCAGGGGCGAUGAUUAAGACUCUUGUUUUCCUUUGCUGGCUGACCUCAACCAGUUGGCAUGUAUUGACCUUAGAAAGAGAUGUCAAGUGCCACGGUCAGACUCUUCAAGUGGCAACCAUGGGGGUUAUAGAACACUGACAGAACUGAACUGAUAGAACACCCUUGGUGUCUAAACCCACGUUAUAACAUCAGUUGUUUAAUAGCCUGGCAAAAAUCUCAAUUUUAGUUUGCGGAUUGUUGAAAUUGGAUUAGGCUGACGUUAUACCUCCUCGUAGUGUGCGUGCUGUUGUCCAGUAGUGACACAGAGUAUUAUUGUAGUCCUGAAGUAUCCAGUGAAAAAAGUGCCUAACCGUGGAGAGGGAGCUCAUUUAGUUAUUGUGGAGAAUGGAUAGUAAAACGGGGGGGAUAGUAAUUUCAAAAUGGCCGCUUGGUGUGUUUUGUGAAUGGGGAUUCCAAAUCAGUUAGUCCUUUCUGUUUAAAAGAAACCGUUGGGUUCCAUAAGAACAUUCCACCAGUAUUUUGACACAGCAGUGAGUGGAGAACGUUCAGUCUAUACAGCCACAUUGUAGACGCCAGACACGUUGCAAUACCCCACCCUUCCCAGACGUUCUUAUCUGUGUAGCUCAGCGUUGUCUUUGUCAUCGCCCGGAUGUGUCAAACCUGACUCACUGCUCUCUAUGGAGAUACUUAUUCAUCUGCAUAGAGAUUUAUUUUACCGUGUGCCUCUUUUUUUCCUCACUUGUAGUAAACCCCAGAACCGUAACACUUUGUAAUUUAUUAGCAAUGUAUUUUUAAUUUAAUGAUAGUUUGACUUUAUUUUAGUAUUAAAUGAACUUGUUUAGCAGCAGUUCUAUUACCCUGUAAGAUGCAUACGUUUUGCAAAACACCAAAGGAAAUAAAAAGUUCUUACUGUAACACAAA